AUGAACGAGGAUGGCAAGCCACCUCUGCCAUCGAGUCCACCUCCGGAACCUUAUGAACCGCCGAGAAGAGUCAAUUUUAAUUUAAGCAGGUGA